AGAAGAAAAACGAAGCCUGUUCGUGGGCGCCGUCCAAACGACUUCGGAGGCUUGUGCUGAACGAUCGCAAAGCCUGUCUCGGAAUAACGACCUAUUCCUAUUUUUCCGCUUUCAAUCAUGAGGGCUCUGAUUUUGCUGCUCGUGGCUUCAGCAGUGGGAGCAUCAGCUGACUGCUCAUGCAAGUACUUGAAGUGGGCUAAAUGUGAGACGCAGGGGCAGACUUGCAAUUGUACCGUCGCAGUUGUGAAUAACACGGCGCAUCCCAUAGAUUGCAGUACACUGAUUUCCAAGUGCCAAGCGAUGAAGGCAGAGAUGUUCCUGCUCACGCGUGCGGCAGUGAGGUCUCUAGGGAAACCCACUGAGCAUGCCCUGACAGACGAGGACGGGAUCUACGAUCCCGUAUGCGAGCGCAACGGAAACUUUAAUCCCAAACAGUGCAACAAUACUAACCAGUGCUGGUGUGUGAACAGCGCCGGUGUCCGUCGCUCAGACAUGGGCGAUCUCCAGCUCAAAUGUGAUGCGGUGGAGACCUACUGGAUACGCAUUGACCUCUAUCACAGAACAAUGAAAACUGCCCUCAAUGUCACCAACAUUAGAACUGCAAUUGAAACUCUCCUGCAACAGUACAAGCUGAACACAUCCCUAAUAGAAAAAGUUGAUUAUAACAAGGAUAGAAGUCUGAUUGUUGUGGACAUCAAGAAACCGAUGGGUGAUAGGACGGUGGACCUCUCCCGCAUGGCACACUAUUUGGAAAAAGAUGUCAAGAAUUUGACUUUACUUACGAAUCCCAACCCGCCGGUCACAGUUGGUGGGCAGCCAAUGAGCUUUGAGAGGGCCACCGUCUAUUAUGUUGACGAGAAGCCCCCCACCUUCAGCAUGAAGAAACUUACUGGGGGUGUGAUUGCUGUCAUCGUUGUGGUGGCUCUGGCAAUUAUUAUCGGUCUGCUGGUCCUGUUCCUGAUCAGGAAGAGAGAAUCCAAGAUGGCUCAGGUUCACUAGCUGCCUUCAUCGAAGAAAAGAAAUAUUAAGCAAAGUGUGCCAUCUUUGGAAUAAUAAAAAGAUAUGCUUUUGUUUCAGUUUAUAAAUGUGGUAUGCAUAUGUUUGACGUUUAUGUACAGUUCCAUGUGGAAAUGUUAUUGUAAUAACCUGAGUAUUUCUGUUUGAAUCAGCCCACCCUUUUACCAUUUUUAUACUGUAAGCAUUAAUGUUCUUAAUGUCAUACACUAUAUAUAUGCUUUAAUGUCAAUCACAAUCAAAAUGCUCUUAAUCUCUUACGUUGUACAGUUUUGGGUGAAAUGUGUCUGCAUUUCAAUUGAACUGUUAUUAAUAAACCCAUAUUUUUUUUUCUAAUUCA